AUGAACCGCUUUACGGAUGAUUAUGAGACAAAUGACGACAUUAUACGGGGAACCAAUGACGAUGCAACAGUUAGUAGACUAUCCGCUGUCGAUGUCGGUUAUUUGGAGGAUCCUUUUGUCAAGCUAUUCGUAAAACGACCUGAUCGACGAUCGCCUAUCAUCAAUAGAGGGAGCUUUAUUCGUAGCUAUGCCAUAAACUCGCUCGUGUCUCAGUUUUUAACGCUUUCAGGAUGCGAUAAAAAGCAAAUUGUUGCUUUAGGUGCAGGUUUUGAUACAAGAUAUUUCAAUAUUAAGGCGAAUGUUUUGGAUAAAGAAGGACGCAGCAAUCUUUCAAAACAUUUAUUAAGAUAUUAUGAAAUAGACUUUCCAGAGAUUACAAUGAAAAAAGCCAUGACUAUAAAGCGACAAAAAGUGUUCAGCCAGCUAUUAGCAGGAGAUGUUAAAUUGGAAAGGGGAGGCAUGGAUUUAAAAUGUUCUGAUUACUGCCUAUUGGGAGGUGAUUUGAGGAAUUGGCAUGAAAUUGUACGAAAACUCGAAGAAGCUGGAUUGGACAAAAACGCACCCACAUUAUUUCUGUCAGAAUGUGUAUUCAUCUAUAUCUCCCCAGACGCAUCAAGUACCAUUCUUGAAUGGAUUACACAAAAUAUGACAAACACAAUGUUUGCACUGUACGAACAAAUACGACCUAACGAUGCCUUUGGUAAAAUGAUGAUUCGCAAUUUGAAGACGCGUCAUAUAGAACUAAAGGGAUUACAGGCUUUCCCCGACCUAGCAGAUCAAGAAGAAAGGUUCAAAAACCUUGGUUGGCAGACGGCAAAAGCCGUAGAUAUCAAUACUAUUCAUGAUGACUAUCUUAGCAAAUCCGAAUUGGCGAGGUUGGCAAGAUUAGAAAUUCUAGACGAAUUUGAAGAAUGGCACCUUUUAGCAGCACAUUACUGUGUCGUCUGGGCUACUAAAAGUAAAGUUUACGGAAAGGAAAUGGAACAAAUAUCACUGUAA